AUGCAGGGAUUACGCAAAUUACCUUUAAUGUAUGAUGCUGACGUAACAUGUGUUAAUAUUUUAUUGAGUCAGUCACCGAAGACAUCAAUGUUAAGGCUAUUUUGUUGCUACUUCCCCCAAAAUGAUUAUCAAGCGGCAUCGGAAUUAUCGUUUUAUGAAUAUUUAUCUGAUCUUAAAAUUGACUAUCCUAAUGAUAAGUUUUUAUUGGUGGGAGACUUUAAUAUAAGGGUUGCUAGAUGGAUCUCAAAUCCUCAAUCUUCAGAUAGUAAUUUGUAUCUUGAGAAUCCACAUGAUAACAUAUUGACAUCGCAACUGUUUGCAUUUUUAUGCUUUAAUGACUGGUCACAAUAUAAUCACGUUAAUAAUAUGAACGACAGACAGUUGGAUUUGGUGAUUUCUGAUUUGAAGUGUAUUGUACAAAGAGUCGCGCCGUUGUCAUUACCGGAGGAUGCCCACCAUCCCUCUUUAUGUAUUGACAUAAGUAUUGAUUAUACUUCAAGUCUGUGUCCAGCCACCCGGAUAGCACGACGUUUUCAUGCGGCGGAUUAUGAUGAAAUUAAUCGAGAAAUGUCAAAUAUUAAUUGGGAUGACCAUUUAAAUCUAAACGAUAUUGAUGUUGCUGUUGAUAACUUUUAUAAAGUUGUGCGUGAUGUGAUAAAUAGGUUCGUCCCACAUAAAGUUGUUAAAAGUAAUAAUAAAUACCCAGUUUGGUUUAAUAAGCGUCUAAUUAAACUCAUUAAUAGAAAACAUAAACUUCAUAAAAAAUGGAAAAGUUAUGGUAGGCAGUGCGAUUAUGAUAACUUUUCGAAUGCACGGCGUGAUGUUAAAGAAUAUGAACUUUAUGCUAUGAACAAUUUAUUAAUCAAGCUGAGAGAAAUAUUCGAGUUAACCCCAAGUACUUUAGGUCGUUCAUUAAAUCAAAGCGAAAAAGCUGUGAUAUACCUGAUACUCUAUACUUUGGUGAUACACAUGCAUCGGAGGGUCAGACAAUUGCUGAUCUAUUUAAUUCAUUCUUCCAUUCUGCAUUUGAGCCACCCGGCAAUAAUGUCAUGA